CUUAGAAAAUUGUUUUACAAAUAAUUGAAAACAGAUUUUAAAAAUAUACAAUUUGGAUUAAUUUUUCAGGAAGAACUCAGCAAGGACCAGAAAGACAUGUUGAAGAAAGCCUUUGAUGCCUUCGACCGUGAAAAGGCUGGCUUCAUUUCAACCGACAUGAUCGGCACAAUUUUUGAAAUGCUGGGCAUUCAAAUUUCUGACGAUGAGGUAGAAGAAAUUAUUUCAGAGGUCGAUGCUGAUGGCUCUGGACAGUUGGAGUUUGAAGAGUUCUGUCUUAUGUCAUCACGCUUCUUGGGAGCAGAAGAAGAGGAUCCUGAAGCGAUGCGUCAGGAGCUUCGCGAGGCAUUCAGAUUGUACGACAAGGAAGGUAACGGCUAUAUCACGACCGAUGUGCUCAAGGAAAUUUUCCGGGAGUUGGACAACAAAAUCACCGCCGAUGAGUUGGAGCAGAUGAUUGAGGAAAUUGACUCUGACGGUUCUGGUACCGUGGACUUUGAGGAGUUCAUGGAAGUCAUGACUGGAGGCGACGAUUAAAAUUGCUGACCCGGCAAGAUGUAUUU